CAUACGGAUACCACCGAUGAACAAGAGGCACAACGCGCGUUUUUAUUUUAUGUAAACAUGGCUUCAAUGAUUACCAAACCAUCUCACCUACGUUGUAUCCUAACAAGUACUGGCAAAUGUUUAGCUGUGAAUUGGACAAAGACAUCAUUUGGAUCAGAAAGAAGUUAUGCCUCCAAAACCGAUGGAGAAAGCAGGAUCGCCAAAAUAUACACUAAAACUGGUGAUAAAGGUUUCUCUAGCACUUACACUGGAGAGCGAAGACCCAAGGAAGAUCAUGUGUUUGAAGCAUUGGGAGCAACGGAUGAGUUGUCAUCAGCGAUAGGCUUGGCCAGAGAGUUUUGUAUCGACAAAGGCCAUACAUUCACAGAUCAGCUGGACAAGAUUCAGUGUGUCUUACAAGAUGUGGGAUCCAACAUUGCCACACCUCAGUCAUCUGCACGAGAAAUUCAUAUAAAAAAAACAAAGUUCAGUUCCCAACCAGUGGCAGACCUUGAAAGCUGGAUUGAUGAGUUCACAGAGAAGCUUCCACCACUGACAAACUUCAUAUUACCUUCUGGAGGAAAGAGCAGUGCGGCCCUCCACAUAGCACGGACAGUGUGUCGCCGAGCAGAACGCAGUGUUUCCCCUAUUGUGCGGUCAGGUGAGGCCGAUCCUGAUGUUGCCAAAUAUUUGAACAGAUUGAGCGACUACCUGUUCACAGUGGCCAGGUACACAGCCAUGAAAGAAGGCAACGAGGAGACGAUCUACAAGAGACCUGAGUGACACACGUCUACACGUGAAAGAACAAACCGGGGACCUUUGUGGAACAACCUUUGUUCUGCUUCUAGGUUGAAUUAAUCAAAUCAUCGGCAUUGUUUUAUGUGAAAGACAGUUCGAUGGGUCCAAGUUUAAAUACUGUAUCUCGUGAUGGAACUUUUCCUACAUUUCAAAUAAAGACUUGAAUCCAAAUUCGACUUCGCUAGAGGCAAAAUCUAAAUGUACUGACACUUUACUUUUAAUGUCAUGUGGUACACUUUUUAAAUUGAUGCAACAACCAUUUUUGAACAGGAUACUAUAAAAUUAAGUUUAAAUUUGUAAUGAAGCGCACAAGUUAUAAUCCUGUAUUGUAUAUGAAGCACAGGUUGUAUCACAAGAAGCUUUAAUUACAAUUUCUUUAUCAAGUA